AUGGAUUCACGUGUAUGCCGUGAAAAGUCAAACUUAUUAAUAAGAGUAGUGUGCGAGCAUAAGAAAAUUUUCAAUCUUUUCACAUCCUUACAUAAUUACAUGAAGAAACAAUUAACUACGUAUGAUGAAGAAAAGUUGGAAUUUGCUCAGAAACCAAACAAGGCAGCGCCGUUAAGGCCGUUAUUUGACCAAAAACCGGGUGUUGUGUUGGUAUACAGCCUUAGCACGGCUGCGCAUGACCCACAAUCUAGUAAUGAUUCAGAAGAUAGAUUUGUAGAGUAG